AUGACGAUGGAGAUACGAGCCAUGGUGGCCCUCAGGUUAUGGAGAACCAUGAAGCUGCUGGGAACCUUGGUCUUGGUGACCUCCACGGAGGUGUCUCCUUGGUUCUUCACCCCGUUUGUAGGGUCCUCGGUGGCCGGUGACACGCGCGUGGUGGGCGGCAUGGCCUGUGACCCUCACUCGCAGCCGUGGCAGGCGGCCAUCUUGGACAUGUACAAGCUCUACUGCGGUGGUGUCCUGGUGGCCAAGCAGUGGGUGGUGACGGCCGCCCACUGCACCACCCCGGGGAUCACCACCAUCCGCCUGGGCAAGCACAACCUCUACACGCGGGAGUUUGGGGAGACGCAGAAGAUGGUGCAGAAGUUCGUGCCCCACCCCAGCUAUGACCCCACCACCAAGGACAAUGACAUCAUGAUGAUCAAGCUGGUCACCCCCGUCACCCUCAGCUCCAGGAUCCAACCCGUCCCCGUGGCCUCCUGCCUCCCCGAGCCUGGUACCACCUGUGUCACCUCGGGAUGGGGGGCCACCACCUCUCCAGAAGGUACUCAGCAACCAGGGCCUCUCCUGGAGGGCUGGGUCAUCUCCUGA